UUAUUGUGUUGCAGUCUUAAUAAGUCUGUGGUGUAUUCUAAUUCUUAUAGAUAAUUGAUAUUAAUUUGGCAUAGCUAUGGAUCGACGCGACAUUUUACAGCCCGCAAAAUCUGCGGAAUACAUUGCCAGACUUUCUAAUCACGUUAAAAUACAUGAAAGUGGUAUUAAUAAACUUUGUGAAGAAGUUCUUUUAUCAUUAAAAUCGAACAAACUGGAAAUUCCAGCAACUGGCGCUAAUAUACAAUAUCCUGAUAAGGAAGAUGUUCGAACAGUAGAUUGGAUCUUUGUAGCAGACGCAUUAAAUUUUUGCUUUUGGUCUUAUUCUGAUAAUAAUAAGUGGACAGUUGAUAAUUACUCUGGUUAUUAUGCUUUGGAGGCAGCGUUAAGUAGAGCAUUAAAGGAAGGUCAUGACAUAACAAAUCCAAGUUACUAUUCUAAAAUAACGAAAGAACAACUUUCAGUUAUUAUGAGAGGAGAUAAUGACACACCAAUUCCAUUAUUUGAAGAAAGAUUGUCGGUACUACAUGAGGCGGGAGCCAUACUUUUAGAGAAAUAUAAUGGAACAUUUAAAACAUGUCUGCAAGAAGCAGAUAAGUCUGCUUUGAAACUACUCAGGAUCAUCGUUGACAAUUUUCCUUGUUUCCAAGACGAGGCAGUAUAUAAAGGAAAGGCUGUAUCUUUUUACAAGAGAGCACAAAUUCUCGUAGGAGAUAUUUGGAAUUUCUAUGGUGGCAAAGAUUGGGGAGAGUUUAGAGAUAUAGAUGAAAUAACUAUGUUUGCUGAUUAUAGAGUACCUCAAGUUUUGUUAUACUUUGGUGCAUUAAGUUAUGAUGAGAAUUUAAUGGAAAAAGUGAAGAAUGAUGAACUUUUGCUCAGUGGUUCAGAAGAGGAAGUAGAGAUACGUGGUUGCUCAAUACACUGUGUGGAAUUACUGAAAAAGAAUAUAGAAGAAAAAAUUAAGGGCAGAUCUAAUGUUGAAGUGCCCAAUUCAAGUUUGAUCGACUAUUAUCUUUGGUGUUACCGCCGAAAGUACGCCGACGAAAUGAACAAGGUACCGUUUCAUAAAACCUUGGGAAUAUUCUACUGAAAUGAUCUUUUUUAAUUGAUAUACCAAAAAAAAUCUAGAUUAAGAAAAAAAAAAAUAUAUUUUUUAAUAUGAAUUUUUAUUGUCACAUCAAAACCAUACAUCAGAAAUUAGACAAAAAAACAUUAUUACGAUAAGAUUAAGGCGAUAAUAAUAUAAACCGCAUAUAGUAGUAGUUCAUAGAUAUUUGAAAUUUAUCACAUUACUGCAGUCGAUCUUUUGUAUAACUUUAAAAUAUAAACAAAUCAUAAUGUCUAACUGACUCUACCUUACACGUCGCUUAUCUAAAAAUUAUGGGCACAACCACUAAAGGAGAACUAAUACACAAUAUUAGGUAUUUAUUCAUUUCUAUUAUUUACAACUUUGGCGUUGAAUCUAAGUAAUGACUUAAAUAAUGAAAAAUGAUAUUUAUGUAAAUGGCACUUAAUAUUUACACGAUUUAUGACCUUAUUUACACAUUUAUACGACCAUCCAAGAAAUUAUAAAAGACUGGAGCCUUUUUCGUUUUUACAAUUUUUUCAUAUUUCGUUUUGCGAGUGACAUAACUACCACGAAAUGUUUACAAACAAGUAAACAAAUUAUAGUUAUGUUUCUUUUUAUUGUUACAAAAAUCGCAAUUUUACCAUAGGAUUCUUAUUUUAAUUUGAAAUAAUUCUUUUUAAAUAUUCUGAUUUAUUUAUUUUGCCGGUGAUGUACUUCGUAAUUGUAGAUUAGCCAUCACCAAAAGAAUUUAAACAAAUGGAAAUGCAAAUAAUGAUAAUAUCAAAAGAUAAAAGUGUUUUCCAUUUGAUAAUGAAAAUAUUAAUGAUUAUUACUCUUUGAGUAUGAGAAUCGAGAUUACUCAUCAAUGAUUAGAUGAUGAUAAUGUAUCGAAAGAUAUAAUGCCACAGCAAAAUUAAAAAUAAAUCUAAGUCUGGAAUUUAAUAGAACUUUAUCAUUUUUUAUUUAUUUUUUCCUGGAGUUUUGUAACUGUAUACCUCAUAUUUAUAAGGUGACUCUUAUUCUAUUUAUUAUUAAAUUUAGACUUGAGACUUUCGAAGAACGCUAAUUUAUUUUUAAUUGUACCCGGUUCAGGUUGAGGGCUGCCAGGUCUACUGGUUUGUUUGACAACUUCUUCUGUGCCUUCUGGGAUUUCUUUUGAUCCCCCAGGAACUGUUAGUGGAGUUGCCAUAGACAUUUUGAGUUCUUCCCUGAACUCUUUAGAGAUGCUCCUUGCAGUGAGACUGUGCAUAUAUUGUAUUUUGUUUGGAGAUUUCUCGUUUUCACCGUUUAAUAUAUUUUCUUUGCUUUUCCGCCGUCGCCAUGAAUAUGGCUGGGGGAGCUGGAAUACAAACAGAAGCAAAUUUUGUUAUACACAUCUCAUUAACAAAAUUAAAAGUCCGGUAUCAUUUAAAGAGU